CCUAAUGGCCUCCUCUCGCUCCCGCGUGAACUCCGCGACCAUCUCUACACCCACCUCGUCGACAAGCGCCACAACAUCAUCACCAUGUGCAAAGAGCACCGGCACAGGGCCAGUGAGAUCAGUGCCGCGCAACCCGCCAUCAGCCGCGUAAACAAGCAGAUCCGCGCAGAGGUCCUACCGCUCUUCUACGCGCGCAACACCUUCUUCGCUAAUCUGUCCUUGCGCGAGGAGUUGGAGAUGACGAAGAAGUGGCUGCGCGGCAUCGGGGAUGCGAAUCUG